AUGAAUUCUAAUAAUAAGAAAAAAUCAAAACUAUAUAAUAGUAGAAUUAUAAAAACUCAAAUUAAUGACAAAGCUUUUGAUAAAUUAGAUAAAAAAUUAAGUAUUUCUCAAUUUUUAUCUUCAAGAAAAUUUGAAAUUCAAUCAUUUGAAUCAUCUCAAUUAAAAUCCAAAAAUGCUUCAUCUACAAGAAUUUUUCAAAGUUUACCGAGAAGUUUAAGAAGAAGAGCUGCUUCUCAUGAUAUUAAAAGAAUUCCAAAAAGAAUGAGAAAUAAAGCUUUAAGAGAAAUGAAUCCUGCUACAACAACUAAAUCAAUUGGUAAAAAAAUUCCCCAUGGUAGACAAUUAUAUAAAUUAUUUAAAAUGAAAAGAGUACUUAAAAUAGCUAGUAAAUUAAAACAAAUGAAAUAUGAAGUACCAUUUGACUCGACAAUAAAUAUACGAAAACAAUAUAAAGCAUUAAAUGAUUAUUUGAAAAUUAUUCAAUUUGAAAAACCACCACUUUUAAAUAAUGUGAAUGGCUCAAAAGAUCAAACAGGUACUAAUCGUUUAAGUUUAAAACCAACUGGAAAUAUUAAAUACUCAAAAAGGCAAAAUAAAUUUGUUUGGUUACCAACUCAUAUAUGGCAUGCAAAAAGAUUUAAAAUGAUGAAAAAUUAUAAUUAUCAAAUUCCAUUCAAACCAACUCAAAAAUGCUUUAAAUUAAUGAACAGACAAAACAAAUUCAAAGCUGUUUGCUUUGACACAAGUUAUUAUCCAACCAUGAUUCUUGAAUUCAAAGAACAAAAUCAAAAUCAAAAUCAAAAUCAAAUUGAGAAUAUAUUAAAACAAUUAUUAAAUUCCAAAAAUAUACCUAAAACCUUAAUUAGUGGCAAAAAGACUUAUAAUGACUGGAUUUAUUUUGAUUCAAAACCAAUUGUUAAAGGACUUAUUUUUGUAUGUAAUACUCGAAUACUAAUUAGAAUGUUUCCAUCUGUUUAUCCUACAUUAUUUGAAAAGUUAAAAAAUUUGAUUCAAGAUGUUGGUAUCAUAUAUGAUUGCAGGUAUUCAUUAGGUAGCAUUGAAUUAUCAGGGCCCCUAAGUUUGAAAUAUCUUAGCAAAGUAUUUUACUUUCAUGAACUAUCACCAAAUAUUAGAAAUUUAUGGUCAAAUUUUAUACAAUUAAAAGAUAAUAACUUGAUCCCCAUUGGUACAACAUUUUCAUUUAAUUUAAAAGAUCCAAGAAUUUAUCGAAAACCUUCAAAUUUCCCGUUCAAUUCAAAUAAAGACUUAUACGAUUUAAUAAUAGACUUACAAAACAAAUCCACUGUUGAAUCUCAAGUUAUUGAUAAUUUAUUUACUAUUGAAGGUAGAACUAAAUCCUAUGAAAACCAGUUAUCAUUAAAACAACUAGGAAAAUAUUUUGAUACUCCACAAAAGAAAGCUUCAGAUGUUUCACAUAGUGAAAUACCAAUUAUUUUAACAAAAAUCAAUACUGCAAAGUGGUGUUUCAUAUUACCUUGGCAUUGGGUAUUACCAUUUUGGCAUCAAUUAAAUAAGAUUCCAGGUUUAAAACCCGGAGGUUUGAAACAAAUUAAGCAAUUUCAAUUUGAGUCUAAUCUACCUAGCUUUCCUCAAGAUUAUCCUUGGUUAAAAGAUGGUUGGAUACACAAUGAUUUGGUUGGAGAAGCAACUUAUGAAAAAGAUUCUAAAUUGCCAAAAAGCCAAGUUACUUUGCAAGACUCCGAAAAUAAGAAUAAACAAGUUUUUAAUGCUUAUAAAUGCGAUUGGAAUACUUUAAGAAAUAUGAUUUUUUUAAAAAACCAAAAUUUGAAUGAUACAGAGAUUCUUUGUAAAAUCGAGGAGUUUAAAUUGGAAAUUAAUGAUAUAAAUGAUCCUGUAAUUGAGAAAUUUAAUGAAUUUAAUCAAUUUCAUGAGCAAUUUUACAAUAAUCAAUAUCAAAUUGAACCAAUCGACAGAAUAAUAUAUACAAAACUACCGGUAUUUCAAAUUUUAAUAAAUUUAGUUAACGAUGGUGCAUUUGAAGAUAAUGCUAGAAUCUAUUCAGAACCAAAUAAUUCACAUUUUGAAUGUAUUGGAUUUGUAACAACUGGUGGAUUAAAUUUGAAUGUUGGUAAAUUUUCAGGAUUAGGAUGCAUAAUUGCUCGAAAAGAUUUGCUAAAUAAACCUAUAUACGUUAGAAGUUCUGGCAAAUCAAAAUAUUAUUUGGCAAAUUUCAAAUUAA